GCUCCCCCAAUUGGUUACCCUCGUGCCUUUAACGUGGAGCCACCAUCAAAGUUACCUACUCGGGCUGUCAUCUAGUGAAGGCAUUAUCUGAGGAAUUAUCUAACGUGACUCACAAGCCUGUUAUUUAGGUCCCCCUUAAUAAUUGUUGCCGAUUUAGUUUGAGAGGGGAUUUUUAAUCGGGGCAGCUCAGUGAUAUAUACCAAAUGGAAUAAACACGGACCUAUAAUUCAUCACAUUCAUAAAUUAAAGAGUCAAACACUGUCAGGCAGGGGAGAAGGCACGUGGACCGGGACCCCUCCCUCUUCCUCCUCCGAGGUUCCAGGCGUGUUGUCAUAGCAACACGACAACAAACACACGUCUGAACCUUUACGUCUGCAGCCAGGUCUCGUAUCCAUAGCAACUAAACGGCGGCGAUGCGGUGCGAUUGUCAUACACCUUGAACAUUUUAUUACAGCAAAUAAAGGAAAAGCUGCCCCUUUCUUAUUUUCUGAGCUCAGAAAUAGACCUACCCGAGGAUCAUGCCGCAGAGCUCGGGAGCGUCCACCUCCCGGCGCAGCGGGAGCUGCAAGACGCGCCGCUACCGCACCCUGGCCCCCAGCUCCCAGAUAGACGAGAGCCUGUUCGGGGGCCCCAAACGACAAUCGCCACCAGACAACCUGAAGUCGGACCCCCGAGGAGGCAGAGGCCCCCCGUCCAGAGAGCAGGCCCGCUCCGCCCCGGUGCAAAGGACCAAGCGCCCCCAGACCCUCCGCAUCAUCACCAAGGACCUCAUCCGGGAGCUGAAGAUUCCCAGUGAAGAUCCUUCCGGAACAUCCAUCAUCCUGCCGCCGAUAGAGGCGUCGCGGCUAACCACGUCGUCCCGCGUGCUCAGCAAGCAGCAGAGAGAGGCAGUGGAGGAGUCCCUGCAGCAGAGGAAGGAGGCUCUCCUGGAUGCCGUUGAGGAGCGGAAGGCCCAGAUGCACCAGGCCAACAUGUCCCGCAGGAAGAACCAGGCUCUGAAUGACCUGGAGGAGGAGGCUCGGGACCGGGCCCAGUACUUGCUGGAGAAGGCCAACGCCAUGCGGAUGGAGCAGGAGGACGAGGUCAAGAGGCUCAAUGAGCUGAUCCUGGGGGCUCGGUGCCAUGCGGUGCGCGAGGGUCAGAUCCUGGAGAGGAAGCAGAUUAAGGCGGAGCUGGUGGAGGAGGAGAGGCACCUGGACGCCCUCAUGGAGCAGGGCCGCCUCAGGGCCCUCGAGACCCAGGAGCAGAUUGACAUGCUACGCAAGGAGCAGAGGAUCCGAGGGAAGCAGCAGAUCAUCCACCAGAUGGAGGAGCGUCGGGACGAGGAGCUGCUGCGGGGGGAGCUGAAGGAGCAGGAGGCCCAGCAGCUGCUGGAGGUCCUGGAGAAGUUACAGCUGGAGGACUUGGAGGCUCUGGAGAAGAAGAGGCAGCAGCAGAGCCUCCUGCAAGACGAGAUUGAGCGUAUCAACACAGAGACCAUACAGGCCAAGGAGCAGAAGAAGGAGCAGGAGAAACUGGCCGACCUGAAGGCCAUGGAGUACACAAAGCAGAAGAUGGAGCGGGAGGCAGAGCACGAAGAGAAGCAGAUGCUGUUGAAGAAAGGGAAGGAGAAGGAGGUGGCCCGACUGAGGGCCCUUCAGGAGAGGGACAGAGACCACAAGGCUGACCAGGACGAGCUGCGGGCGCGCCGGAACCGCGAGGCGACGGAGAGGGAGUGGCGCCGGAAGACGAAGGCGCUGGCGGAGAGGAAGGUGGUGGAGGACGCCAAGCUGAAGAGGGCGCGCCUGGAGCAGGUGGGCCACAAGGAGCGGCUCCUCUCUGUUGAGGCGGGCCGCGAGAGGGCCGAGUUUGAGCGGGUGCUGAGGGCCCAGCAGGCGGCCAUUGCCAAGCAGGAGGCGGAGGAGCAGGGGCACCGGCAGAAGGCGCUGCAGCACGCCGACGGGGUGCGGCAGCAGGUGAGGGAGCGCGAGCUGCAGGCCGUGGCCCGGCGGCGCGAGGUGUACAAGGAGCGGGAGGAGCUGGACGAGGCGGGCCGCCAGAGACGCCUGCGCCUGGAUGAGAUCAAGGAGAGGAAGCUGAGGGAGCUCAAGGCGGCCGGCAUCCCAGAGAAAUACUGCAACCAAGUGGAGAGGAAGCUUCAUGCGUUGCCCCCUCUGGCUCAGUAGAGCUGGCAGCCGCUUGUGUGACCCCAUGACGAUAUAUACUCUCAUACCAGUUAUGUGAAGCACUUUGAGUCUACCUUGUGUAUGAAAAGUGCUAUAUAAAUAAAGUUGCCUUGCCUUCCCACACUGUGCAUUGUGUAUUUCCAUAGACAUAAAACUAGAACAGUUACGGAAACGUUUGGAAUAAAUUCGAAGUUGAACUUGA